AGUCCACCAGUCUUCUUGGUAAAAAUUUGUGACUUGUGCCCACUUCCCCAACCGGAAGUACUUCUUUCAAUUUGCAUUCUAAGUAGCUUGAAAAGUAUGGUGGGGAAAGCAAGAUAAAAAACAAAAUUUUUCGGUGACUUAUUUUCUGUAAAUGCCAUCAUAAAUUACAUACUACUUUUGCUGAGAAGAUACGUGAAGUUCGUACCAAAAGGACAGAAGGAAACUAACUGCACUGACGAUGAAUCAAUCGUCAUAGGGUUUGGAGAACCAUCUGCCUUUUGAGUUGUUGUGAUCAGUUCUCAACAGGAACAAAGACCUAUUAGCCUUCUAAAAAUACCCAAUCAUGUAUCCAUUCAGCAGAGAACAAAGGAAACAGCAAUACAGGAUGCAUCCCCCUCUUUCACUUUGCAGCAUGUGGAAUGAGGGACUAUUUUCCUGCCAUAUUUACCCAGAAUAGGGACCACUCCCCUUGCUAUCCCAGGAGACACAAGCCCAAGUCCAGAAUCUGAAGAUUCUACAUUGAAAAUGCUCAAAUAGGACAUAACUGUUCUAAGUGAACAACUAAUUUCCAGUCAGUGAGUAAUUUUUUUCCUGAAACAUUCACUCAGUGGAAAACAAAUGAAGAGGGGAAAAAAUUAAGUAAACAAAUCUGAAAACGAGGCCACGACACACAAGAGAUGGAGGCGCCUGUACACUUAACGGGCGAGAGAAGACAGCACUCCCAGGUUUAUGUUAAACAAAACCGUGGUUUCAACUGGCCCUGACUGAGCCUCACCCGAUGAAUGACUUCCAGUGCCUCCGUCUCUCUGGGACCAAAGGAGAGAAUUAUUUUUAGCACAACUAUUUGAAAAUCUCUGAGAACUUGGAUCUGUUUUUCUGUCUGGUACCAAAGCAAGAUUUUCUCUGAGCUCUCAUGAAAGAUCCUCAGUCUAUUGUGGAUUUAGAAUUCUGGAGCAACCCCCAUCCCAGAGCAAGGCAAGAACACUGAAGUCAGUAGCCAGUCCUUUCUUCAGCGGGAUCUUCCUGACCUAGGGAUUGAAGCCAGGUCUCCUGCAUUGCAGAGCCAAAGAUGUUUGUCUUGCUCUAUGUUACAAGUUUUGCCAUUUGCGCCAGUGGACAACCGCGGGGUAAUCAGUUCAAAGGAGAGAGCUACUCCCCAAGGUAUAUCUGUAGCAUUCCUGGCCUGCCUGGGCCUCCAGGCCCCCCUGGAGCGAAUGGUUCCCCCGGGCCCCAUGGUCGCAUCGGCCUUCCAGGACGAGAUGGUAGAGACGGCAGGAAAGGAGAGAAAGGUGAAAAGGGGGCUGCAGGUUUGAGAGGUAAGACUGGACCCCUAGGCCUUGCUGGAGAGAAAGGGGACCAAGGAGAGACUGGAAAGAAGGGACCCAUGGGACCUGAGGGAGAGAAAGGAGAAGUAGGGCCUCCUGGGCCUCCUGGACCAAAAGGAGACAGAGGAGAGCAAGGGGACCCGGGGCUGCCUGGAGUGUGUAGAUGUGGAAGCAUCGUGCUCAAAUCUGCCUUUUCUGUUGGCAUCACAACCAGCUACCCAGAAGAAAGGCUGCCAAUUAUAUUUAACAAAGUCCUCUUCAAUGAGGGAGAGCACUACAACCCUGCAACAGGAAAGUUCAUCUGUGCCUUCCCAGGGAUCUAUUAUUUUUCUUAUGAUAUCACAUUGGCAAACAAGCACCUGGCCAUCGGGCUGGUACACAAUGGGCAGUAUCGGAUAAAGACCUUUGAUGCCAACACAGGAAACCAUGACGUGGCUUCAGGGUCCACAGUCAUCUAUCUGCAGCCAGAAGAUGAAGUCUGGCUGGAGAUAUUCUUCACUGACCAGAAUGGGCUCUUCUCAGACCCAGGUUGGGCUGACAGCUUGUUCUCCGGAUUUCUCCUGUAUGUUGACACAGAUUAUCUAGACUCCAUAUCAGAAGACGAUGAGCUCUGAUGAGGACUGCUGGCCUGAAUGUCCCAAGAUCCUUAUGGCAGACACUUUGAUUUAAUCUGGGGCCCUGGAAGUUGGAAGGAGCGGAAAUGAGAUCCAAAAAAACUCCCACUCAGAUUCCAGAGCAUUUACAGACAGUUCUAGCAGAAUCCGUUAAAACAAGUUGAACCACCAAACCAUUGAAACCACACUAAAAUGAAUUAUAUAAAACAAAAAUCCAGAUAUGUUCUCUCAAAAGUGAUGUUCAUAAAUAUUUAAACAAAUUAAAGACAAUGUUACAAAUUUUCUAUUAAAUUUCUUGAGUCCUAAAA